CCUCAUUGCCCCCUGAUGACCCUUCCUCUUCCCCUCCCCGCUCUCCAGGUCCUAAUCGAGAAUGGAACCAAGGAGGGACACCAGAUACUGAUGGAGGCAAGAGAGGCUGUGCUGAAGGGCAAAGAUGAAGAUUCCCCGGGUCAUGUUUUCGCUCCGUGCCCUCACGACGGCGUCUGCCCCAAGCUGACAGCAGCGGUGCCCGUGCCGUGCAACUUCACCCAGGCCUAUCACCCGCUGCCCUUCUCCUGGGUGAGUGUCUGCGCUGGGGUCUGACCCGUUUGGCGUCUU